AUGUGGACGCUUCGGACGCUACGUUUUGCACCCCUGACAGGUUUCUUCGGAGGCGUAGGAAGCACGGAAAAAAGAGAGGAUUCCAAGCGGACAUGUCCUAUUCAAGUACUGAAACCGGAGAAAGCCGAGAAUGGAAACCUGUUCAGUCGGAAGGUUUUUUGUGUGUUCCUUAUUUUGAAACUACUUCGAACCUAUGAAAGUUGAGGGUAUUAUCACGCUUGGGGAAUUAAAUGAGAGAAUAAUUCAAAGACGUCUUUGCUUCGUUCAAGUUUUCAGCUAGUGGUCUCUGUAGAAGAAUAAAUUACUGAUGAGCAGUUUUUUAGUUGCGUCUUGAACUUUUGGAUGUUGGCGUCAUUCGAAUUAUAUUUUCCAAGCUAAUUGAACUUCAUUCCUGACGGAAAAAUAGCACAACGAUCAAUUUUUUGAUGAUAGUUAAGCUCUGCCAGAGUGGUACCAAUAUAAUUUGCUUUUCGUUUCUGGGAGUAGUGUUCAAAGUUUUAUUAGUUUUUCUCUUUUUUUGCAGUGGUGGAAUUAUCACAGCAUUCAAUCUCUUACCUAUUUGUUGCAAGGGAUUGUGAAAACUAAGUUCUCAGUUAAAUUUUUUCAGAUCAUCAACCAUUUGGACAAAAACAAUUUACAAAUGCGCCUGUAUCAAUAUGAGACGUGCCCAUUUUGCUGCAAGGCAAGAGUCGAAUAAAAAUUACCUAAAAUGUUUUAAAUUUGAAGGUCCGCGCGUUUUUGGACUAUUACGGGUUUUCGUACGACGUCGUGGAAGUGAACCCGGUGACGAGGUCACAAAUCAAAUUCAGCACUCAAUACAAGAAGGUUUUUUUCGAUUUUAUGUCAUUGAUGGCGGAAAAUAAAGUCAGAUGCCAUUUUUCUAAUUUUCUUGUUUCGAGGUACCAAUCCUGAUGUGCAAGGAUCACGCAAUGACCGAGUCUUCUUUGAUUGUCUCUCAGGUAUUUUCAAAAAAUGAAAAAUUCACCGCAUUUCCAUCGAUUUUCAGUUGGCCUCUUAUUUGCAUCGACCUGAACGUUCUUUUGACGAGAUUUGCGACAUGUAUCCCGCCGUAGAGUCCAGUGACGACAAAGGAAAGAAAGUGGGAUAUUUUCCAAAGUUUGAAACUAUUUCUAUCAAGCUUUUAUUUGCAGAUUAUCACUCAUCCCAACAAAUACUUCGUCAUGAUGGAGAAGAUGGGAUCAAGCACAGAAAUGGCUCAGACUAAGUGAGUUUCUGAAACUGGAUCAAAUAUUUUCCUUUAAAACAAAAAACCUCAUUAGUCUUGAAAGUGUCGUAAUUUCUUGAAAAUUUUAUUUCUCACAGUUUGUUUACCUAAAAACCGCACAUUUGAGGACAACUUUUUUCAGAGAAGAACGUGAAUGGCGCGAAUGGGUAGAUACAUGGUUCAUUCAUUUGAUCUCUCCAAACGUUUAUCGUACCUGGGACGAGUCUCUCGAGACAUUCAAAUGGUUUGAACAGGUUGAGAUAAUAAUCCUUUACAAAUUAACCCUUUUUGAAAAUUACAGAUCGGUGACUGGCAUCGAACUUUUCCUGCUUGGGAACGAGUUCUUGCCGUUUACAUUGGCGCUCUAGCGAUGUUCGCCCUGUCAAAAAGGCUCAAAAAAAGGUGAAUUUACUGAAAUAUCAUUUACCGGGCUUAGGAGAUAGCAUAUGUGGAAUUGGAAGCAAAAUCUCUCACGAUUAAAAAAAACACAUUGCUGGAAACGAAGUUCGAAAAUCUCCGGAGCAUGAUUUGUUCCAAGCCAGCGUGUAAUAAAGAUUUUCGCUUUUUACGUUCUUUUGAGGAGUGAGAAUGUUGCUCGUUUGCGCCAGAAAAUCAAAGGAUACACUAUUUUUGUAUAAUUUUUUUCUUUAUAGACAUGGAAUAGAUGACGAGCGACAAGCUAUGAACGAUGCUUGCGAAAAAUGGGUGGAGGCGCUAGGAUCACGACCUUUCAUGGGAGGGACACAACCAAAUUUGGCUGACUUGGUAAGUAUAUUUACUGUCCUUUUUACUUAAUCCUAACUUAAAAAAACGUUUUUUUAGCGGUUGAAUUUUUAAAUUAAAUUUUGUUGAAGUGUUCUUUAGGCUUCCAGAUCCCAGAACAAGAAAAAAACCUGCUUUUUCGAUUUAUGAAGCUUCAUUGUUUGUAAAAAAACGUAAGUUAUGAAAAAAACUGCUAUUUCAAGAAUUUAAAAGCAUUUUUAAUUUGGAAACAGUUAUAUUGCGAGAAAUGUUUUCUUUUUCUGUAAUCAGAAGAAAUCCUAAAGUACACAUCAGCAAAACGUCAUUAAAAAUUCAACCGGAGGCCAAAAAACGUUCUCUAGUAAGAUUACGCCAAAAAACAGAAAAUUCAGGCUCUAUUUGGUGCAAUGAAUUCUUUUCACGGAUGUCGAACUUUCGAAGAAAUUGUCUCCGGCGGAAGAAUAGCCGAGUGGUGGAAAAGAAUGAAGUCGGCCGUUGAGAAUCACGAAGGAAGGACGGUUCUCGAAGGGCGGACCUCGAAAAAGUGA